CCCCCCCCCUCCCCCCCCCAGCGCUCGGCCUCCGCUGCCGGCCGCUCCCUCUCCCGCCGCCCGGAGCGGAGUCGCGUUGACUGCCCAGAGUCCGCGAGUCCCGCUCCGCUCCCGCCGCCUCAGCUUUUUCCAUUUUCACAACAUAGGAACCUCUCUGACUCGGAAUGUCUCUGCAUCAGUUUUUACUAGAGCCCAUCACCUGCCAUGCGUGGAACAGAGACCGGACCCAGAUUGCCAUUAGCCCUAAUAAUCAUGAAGUCCACAUUUACAAGAAGAGUGGGAGCCAGUGGGUAAAGGCUCACGAGCUAAAGGAGCACAAUGGACACAUCACAGGUAUCGACUGGGCUCCCAAAAGCGAUCGCAUCGUCACCUGCGGCGCAGACCGCAACGCCUACGUCUGGAGUCAGAAGGACGGCGUCUGGAAGCCGACCCUCGUGAUCCUGAGGAUCAACCGUGCGGCCACCUUCGUCAAGUGGUCUCCCUUGGAGAACAAAUUUGCUGUGGGAAGCGGAGCUCGACUCAUAUCUGUGUGCUACUUUGAAUCCGAAAACGACUGGUGGGUGAGCAAGCACAUCAAAAAGCCCAUCCGUUCCACUGUCCUUAGCCUGGAUUGGCACCCCAACAACGUUUUGCUGGCUGCAGGAUCCUGUGACUUCAAAUGCAGGGUGUUUUCUGCUUACAUUAAGGAAGUGGAUGAAAAACCAGCCAGUACACCCUGGGGCUCCAAAAUGCCUUUUGGGCAGCUGAUGUCAGAGUUCGGGGGCGCUGGGAGCGGCGGCUGGGUGCACAGCGUCAGCUUCUCGGCCAGCGGCAACCGCCUGGCCUGGGUCAGCCACGACAGCACUGUCUCGGUUGCUGAUGCCUCCAAAAACAUGAUGGUUUCACAGCUGAAAACAGAGUUCCUCCCACUGCUGAGCGUGUCGUUUGUCUCUGAGAACAGUGUGGUGGCAGCUGGCCACGACUGCUGCCCUAUGCUCUUCAACUGCGAUGAGCGUGGCCUGCUGAGCUUCGUUUCCAAGCUGGACAUCCCCAAGCAGAGCAUCCAGCGCAACAUCUCCGCCAUGGAGCGCUUCCGCAACAUGGACAAGAGAGCCACCACCGAGGACCGCAACACCACGCUGGAGACGCUGCACCAGAACAGCAUCACCCAAGUGUCUAUUUAUGAGAUAGACAAACGAGACUGUCGCAAGUUCUGCACCACCGGCAUCGACGGAGCGAUGACCAUCUGGGACUUCAAGACCUUAGAGUCCUCCAUUCAAGGUCUACGAAUCAUGUGAGGAUGGAUCUCCACGACCUAGCAGGACAGACUGCUUGCCAGAACGCAGCUCCCACAUCUGCACAGACCCCCCCCAAGGAGGGAGGAGGAAGAGGUGGAAUGUUUGGAAACACUGAGGGGGAGGGGGAAAAAAAAAAGAGGAAAAAGAAGAAAACAAAACAAAA